GCCUGAUAAAAACAGCUGUUUACCAUUUAGGGGCACUUCACAAAGUUUUUUUUCCUCCGCGAAUCGGGACUUUCUUUUUCUUCUUCUUUUCUUGAUCCGCGCGCGUGUGUGUGUGUAUGUGUGUGUGUGUGUGUGUGUGUGGAUGUUGAGAUGUAGAAAGUGUGCGCCUCUGGAAAGCACGAGUCCGGACUCCGGCUUUGCGUAAUGCUCAGCUCCGGUCCUCUGCUCAACAUCUGGAUUAACUAUUUGGAGUCAGAACUCGCGGCCCUGCGCCGAGCCGCUGCCCGCGCCUCCUCUCUGCCUGGCUCAUGGACACACGGCGGAUUUUAACCCGAUAACCCGACGGUUCUGCGCCCGGAUUAUGUAUUCUUUAAAAUGGGUGCGAACAAUGGAAAACAGUAUGGAAGCGAGGGUAAAGGGAGCUCAAGCAUCUCCUCUGACAUAAGUUCAAGCACAGAUCACACACCAACUAAAGCUCCCAAGAAUGUGGCUACCACCGAAGGUUUGGACUCCAGCACUAGAACCCUGAGCACCCCCAGUCCGGGUCUCAUCCUCCCGUCCAAGUCCUCCUCCCUCUCCUCCCCGGCUCUCUCCAGCAACGGCCAUGAGACCAACUCCUCGUCCUCGUCCUCCGCCCCGGCGGAGACGGUCGCCGUGAUCCACCCGCAGCCCAGCGCCCACACCCGCUCCAGGCAGUCCAAGUCCCACCACCACGCCCUCAUCGACCUCCUCCCGGACCACAGCCUCCUGCAGAUCUUCUCCCACCUCCCCACCAAUCAGCUGUGUCGCUGCGCCCGCGUCUGCCGCCGCUGGUACAACCUGGCGUGGGACCCCAGGCUGUGGGCCACCGUGCGGCUGACCGGCGAGCUGCUCCACGCCGACCGCGCCAUCAGGGUCCUCACCCACCGGCUGUGCCAGGACACCCCCAACGUCUGCCUGACGCUGGAGACGGUGGUGGCCAACGGCUGCAAGAGGCUCACGGACCGCGGGCUGCACGUGGUGGCGCAGUGCUGCCCCGAACUGCGGCGCCUGGAGGUCGCCGGCUGUUACAACAUCUCCAACGACGCUGUGUUUGAGGUGGUGUCCAGAUGUCCCAACCUGGAACACCUGAACCUCUCAGGCUGCUCCAAAGUGACCUGCAUCAGCCUCACCCAGGAGGCCUCCCUCCAGCUGUCCCCUCUGCACGGCCAGCAGAUCUCCAUCCACUACCUGGACAUGACGGAUUGCUUUUCCCUCGAGGACGAGGGCCUGCGAACUAUCGCCUCGCACUGCCCGCGCCUGACGCACCUGUACCUGCGCCGCUGCACCAGACUAACGGACGAAUCCAUGCGCCACCUGGCUCUCCACUGCCCCUCGGUGAGGGAGCUGAGCCUCAGCGACUGCCGCCUCGUCGGGGACUUCGGCCUGCGGGAAGUGGCCCGGCUGGAGGGCUGCCUGCGCUACCUGAGCGUGGCCCACUGCACCCGCAUCACGGACGUGGGGAUCCGCUACGUGGCCCGCUACUGCCCGAGACUGCGCUACCUGAACGCCAGGGGCUGCGAGGGCCUCACCGACCACGGCCUGGGCCACCUGGCCCGCAGCUGCCCCAAGCUCAAGUCCCUGGACGUGGGGAAGUGCCCCCUGGUGUCCGACAGCGGGCUGGAGCAGCUGGCCAUGUACUGCCAGGGCCUGCGGCGGGUCAGCCUGCGGGCCUGCGAGAGCGUGACGGGCAGGGGACUCAAGGCGCUGGCGGCCAACUGCUGCGAGCUGCAGCUCCUCAACGUGCAGGACUGCGAGGUGUCGCCCGAGGCCCUGCGCUUCGUCCGGCGCCACUGCCGGCGCUGCGUCAUCGAGCACACGAACCCGGCCUUCUACUGAGGCGGGGAGGGAGCUGGACCGCCCCUCUGACAAGCGGGAUGUCUUCAUAUUCCUGCUAGUGCGUUGGCAGAGCUCAGCGGCUGAUGUGUCCGAGCUGGUGGAAAACCGGUGUGCAAUACUGGCCAGAAUUUGUCUCUUUCCAUCCACUCGGUGGCUGUUCAUACUGUCCUUUGAAA